CCCACGCGGGGAGCACCUGUGGGGGAAGCGCCCCCCUCGUCCCCAUUAAUGCUAUCAUCGGGUCCAAGAGAGGCACUUCGUAAAGAAGGUUCUGGAACACCGCCCUGCAUCCCGAGGGUGGCCUGCUCCCCGUCUCCGAAUCCCGGCAGCCCCCGCCGGGCAGCAUGGAGCUGAGGAGAGGGAAGACCUUCAUCAAGUCCAGCCCCCACGUCGCCGCCCAUGAGAAGCCCCCGGGCCCCGCGGCCCCCGCCCCUGCCCAGGACGACGCGGGCGCCCGCUCGGUCUCGCCGGGAGGGCGGCAGCAGGCCCCCGGCGAGAGGGGCCCCCAAACCGGUCCCGGCACCCACGGGUGUCCCCGGGGCUCCAGCAAGGGGGCGCAGCCUGACCCCGAGGGGGGCGCCCCCUUCAAGCUGGUGUGGAAGAGCAAGGCCCAGGACAGCGCGCCGGGCGCCGGCAGGGCAGCCUCAGCGGCGGGGCACCUGGUGGGCAGCGCCAGCUUCCCGGGCCCCUCGGGCAGCCCGCGCAUGAUCGACUACCGCCACUCCGUGCCACAGGCCCCCUUCGUGCCGGCCGUGGCCAAGAGCCUCCCGAGGAAGAGGAUCUCCCUGAAGAGGCCCAAGAAGUGCUUCCGGAACCUGUUCCACCUCCGCAGGAACAAGACGGAGAACCUGGCCUCCCUGGCCGGCGCGGAGAAGGGCCCGCCCUCCCCCGGGAGCCCGCCCGAGGCCCGAGGGUGGCGGGGCCCAGCCCUGGCCGCCUGGGGCGAGGGCCCAGGGCCGGAGGGCGCGUGCCAGGACCUGUCGGACGGCGAGGUCCCGCCCGACGCCCCCUACGAGCUCUGCAGGGCCCUGUGUGAGGACGCGGCCUCGCUGAAGAGCUUCGACUCCCUCACGGGCUGCGGGGAGAUCUUCGCCGACGAGAGCUCGCUGCCGCCGCUCAUCCUGGACGCCGGCCUGCCCGGCGCGGCCCGGCCUCCGCCGGCCUCCGACGGCAAGGCGCCCAGGGGCCCUGCCCAGGACCAGCUGCCGUCGCCGGCCCAGAACGAGGUGUCGGACCUGGCGCGGUUCUGGGACAGCGUGAACCACUGCGUGUGGCAGCAGCGGCGCGCCCUGCUGGGCCCGCGGCCCGAGGGUGCUCCGGGGGCGGGCCCGGCCCAGCUCCCUCUGUGGCCCUGCAGGGACCCCCUCGGCGGCUCCAAGGCCAGCCCCACCGACACGGGCACCCCCAAGAGCGAGCAGCCGGAGUCGGUGUCCACGAGCGACGAGGGCUACUACGACGCCUUCUCCCCGAGCCUGGAAGACCGGCCGGGGGCCCCGAGCCCCGGCACCCCCACCGCCUCCUUCCCCCGGGAGAGCUACAGCGGCGACGCCCUCUACGAGCUGUUCUACGACCCCAGCGAGGGCCCCGCCGGCCCCGGCCUGGACGAUGGUGACCUGUGCGUGUCCGAGAGCCUGUCGGGGCCGGCCCCGGGGGCGCCCCUGUCCAUGUGCAGCUUCCACGUGGGGGCGGACGAGAACCUGGCGCCGGGCCCGGGCCCCGACCUGCUGGGCCAGGGCUUCUCGCAGAGCUCCUGGAAGGGCAAGGAGUGCCUGCUGAAGCUCUGUGACACGGAGCUCGCCGUCACCAUGGGCGUCGUCAACUGGCUGCGCCGCGGCCCCGGCCUCCGGGGACCCGCCGGCCCCGAGAGGAAAGGCCCGGGUCCCGGGAAGCUGGAGGGCGGGGUUGCCGUGGGUGCGGCCCCCGGAGGGCAGGAGGAGCGGUGGGUGCACUCGGGCGCCGCGGGCCUGCUCGCUGGGGAGAGCGAGGCGUCAGCAGCGGUGGCGCAGGGGCCCAGCCACCGGCCCCGGGACCCGGCCGUGAGGGGCGUGCCGGUCCCCGGCGAGGCCGGUGCAGGAGGCCACCAGGAAGGUUCAUUCUCCCCCUCGGGGGCUGCGGCGUCUGCGGCCACAGACGCUCCUGGCAAAGACAAGGUCAUCACCCCUCUUGCCUGGCCCCACUCGCAGGAGCCGCCCGGGCACUCGGGGUGCCCCCGAGACUGGCGGAGGCCGGGGCUCAGGGGGAGCCCCCCGGAAGCGGAGCCCAUCCUGGCGGGCUGUGCGGCCCAGGUGGCCGCCCUGCAGAUCCAUCUGGGGUCUGGGCCCGAGCCCCGCACGGUGCAGCCCCCCGGGCAGGACACCGGCGGUGGGCCGUGCAGGCGGCCCUGGGCGGGGGACAGGCCCCUCCCCCGGCAGGACCGGCCCAACAGCCCUCCUGGAGGGGCUGCCGCCUGUGGCCGGCCCUCCUCGACAGGCCCACCCCACGGCCCACAGGCCCCCAAGUGCCCGGGCCUGGUCCUGGACCUGCACCAGCCCCGGGUGCGGCCUGCCCCGGCCCGGGCCUCUGCGAGGCCGCAGCCCCUGUAG